GAACCAAAGACACUGUUGUUCUUCACUGGCCUCAUCAAUAAAAACAGCCAAAAACUGAAGAAGAAAAACACGGAGCUGGUUCUCCACCGUUCCGAUGGCACUGCAACAACCAACUGUGGCCGCCUUCAAGGGUACCGGACAACCGUUAUCACCGUCGGACAUCAACUCCUACAGAAUCAACGCGGUGGUUGGCCGUUUGAAUCAGCAUGUUCAACCUAGCAGCACCAAGCCCACCCGAACUGACCCUUACGAAUUUUACAAUCUCUGCCUCUCCCUCUCUCGGGGUAUUGAUUAUGCACUUGCCAAUGGUGAAAUUCCAGCAAAAGCUAAAGAUUUCCCUAAAUUGAUGAAACAGAUUUGUCAACGAAAGAAUAAUGAAUUAGGAAAGGCAGCUAUAAUGGUUUUGAUGAUAUCAAUCAAGAAUGCCUGUCAGUAUGGAUGGUUCGAGGAGAAAGACUCAGAAGAACUUUCCACUAUUGCUAAUCAGAUAGGAAAUAUCUACUGCAGCUUGGGGAAUGUAAAUGCUGGACCUAGUUCUUGCAAUUCCACAAUAUCCUCAAUAAUAGAGAGGUUCUAUCCAAAAAUGAAUAUGGGUCCAAUACUUGUGUCUAUUGAAGCAAUGCCUGGAUAUGGAGCUUCCGCGGUUGACUUCCAUAUUACGAAGAAGAAUGUUCUACCUGAUGUAAAAAUUUUGCAGUGGUUAUUUGUGGCACAAAUUGAUAAUAUUGAGACAUCUGCGUGCCUCAUUAGUCCUCAGCAAGUGAAUUUUCUCCUGAAUGGAAAAGGAGUAGACAGAAGGACUAAUGUUCAAAUGGACACUGGACCACAGAUGCCAACUCAUGUGACUGGUUUGCUUAAAUUUGGCACAAAUCUUCUUCAAGCAGUGGGUCAAUUCAAUGGUCAUUAUAUUAUACUUGUUGCCUAUAUGAGUUUUAUAUCCUUGCCUGAGCCUCCACUUCUUCAAGACUAUGUUCAGCCUCCUGUUACUUCUGUUGAUUCAGAUUCAGAUAUUAUUGAGGGGCCAUCUCAAAUCUCACUUAAUUGUCCCAUAAGCUUUACACGUAUCAAGACGCCUGUUAAAGGGUGCUCAUGCAAACAUUUCCAGUGUUUCGACUUUGACAACUUCAUUAAUAUAAAUUCAAAGAAGCCAUACUGGCGCUGCCCUCAUUGCAACCAGUAUGUCUGCUAUGCAGAUAUUCGUCUUGACCGAAACAUGGUUGAGAUACUGAAAAAUGUUGGUGAGAACAUUGUAGAAGUGAUGGUAUUUGCUGAUGGAUCAUGGAAGGCAGUCCUGGAAGUUGAUCGUGGUGUGGAUAAGAUUCAGGUUAAGGCCCCCAAUUGUGAAAAGGAACAGAGUCAGCAGACUGAACUAAAAGAAUUUACUUGUUCUCCUUCACCAAGUACUGUUACCAACAUUUUGGACCUCACCAACGAUGAUGAUUAUUCGGACAUUAUGGACAUUUGUGCAACAGAAGAUAGAAAACCUUCACAGGAAUCACUUCCUGGUCAAUUUGUCACCCCAAAUUCACCUUCCUUGGGUGCUGCUGCCCAGAUAGAAGAUGACUUCUUUUGUGGAAUUUUUCUUGAGCAGCCUGUUCUCCCUGAUCCUGGUUCUCCUGUAUUUAAUCAGGAAGCUGAAGGUCAUGAGAAUAAUUCUGCCAUGAUCUCUGCCAUGUGUAAUCAGGUUUCUGCACCAAGCAAUUUACAUCCACAGUCGAUUUAUAUGAACUUAGGUGAUAACGAGUAUGGGAGGUCAUCCUCGACACUGAGACUUAUUAAUAGGACUCCCGUCGCAGUUCAGGCCCUCCCAGUCCAAUCUCAGACAUCGGGAACGCAACAAAGUCCAGUUACUAAUUUGAAUUCCUUUCUACCCGGCAAUUCAUCCGCUACUCCCCAUGUUUCUUUGCCCAAUCCAGUCUCUGCAGAUGCUUUCAAUUCCAUACUGAGUGAUACAGAAAGACAGCAGCAUUUUUCUCGACCCCCAUUGAAUCAGCCUCAGGUCUCAGGUCUGAAUUCUUCAGCAUACCAGCAUCGCUCAGCAACACAGGACCGAGUACCGCCUGUUUGUAUGCCAGCACCAACUCCAUUGCAAAACCCAUACAGAUCUGGUUCGCUUAAUAACUUCACAAACCCACACCUGCAGCAAUCUCUGAAUCCCCUGUCACCACGAGAACGACUAAUGCAAUCAUAUGGUUUGCUGUCUAGGAAUGCUCAGACAGCAAGAGCUACUUCCAAUAGCCAACGGGAUAGUGUUAUGGCUGCUGCCCAAGCUGCCAGACAAUCUCAAUCUAUUUCAGUUCAAAAUCAAACUGCAGCCACAUCAGGGGAGCAAAGAAGAACUGUGGGGGGAACGGUGCUGUCAGUUUCUAGGACUGAUGAUUUGUUCACUUCGCAACCAGAUCAGAAUUGGCGUCCUACACGGAGAAUGCGUGGAAGUCUUGAACUUGAUAGUCGGCACUAUCCAGAGGCUGUUACGCAGCGAAUAAUUGCGCCGACACAAACACCAGUUCUAGGUUCGAGACCUCAAGGUUCACAACCGGUCCGACCAACCGGAGGGUCACCCCAACUUGAUGUCCUUAUUGCCAACAAUAAAAAUGCCCAUAAGUAAUGCGAGAUAUUUUAGGAAGGCUCCGUUUGCACAUGCGUGAAAGGUUUUAGAGCUGCACGUUGAUAUCUGAUGAGCUUAGGCUGUAAAUAGUUAUCUUCUCAUCUAUGUAUGGAGAAAACACAAGUACACGUUCUUGUAAGAUAUUAGUCUAGUUAUCUAUCCGUUAGUAUGUUGUACUGUAAUAUGAAAGAGGUUCUUAAGCACUUGUGUAACUUGCUGAAGAUUAUCUAUUCCCACCCAAAAAUCAUUUCUCUAA